AUGUCAGAUUUAUUAUUUAAUCGCUUAUUAUUAAGUUUUAUUAAUGUUAAAAAUCGACUUGAAUCUCUAUUAAAUUUAUGUUCUAUUAAUGAAUAUCGAUUAGAUAUAAAAGAAAUUCAAAUAUAUAUAAGAUCUGUAUCAAGUUUAAUUGAUAAUCUUCAAUAUGAAUUCAAAAUAAAUGAUAAUUUGAAACUGUUUUCAAAUCGUUCUUUAUGUAAAAAUGGUUGGACAUGGAAAAAAAUUCAACAAUUAAAUAAUGAAGAACAAUUUUUUAACUUAGAAUUACUAGCUCUAUUACGUCUACAAAUAUUAGCUACAUGUUUUAAUAAAUUUGACAAACAAAAGUUUCGUAAACAAACAACAAGUUCUAAUAUCAUGAUGAAAUUGAUUGAAGAGACUAAACCAACAAUCUCAUGUGAUCAUAUACAUAUCAAUAAAUCUUCAUUGUCAUUUAUUCCACGAUAUGAUCCCAACAAAAACCUUCUUGAUCUUCCACAAGAAAUUCUUCUUCAUAUAUUUUCUUUUAUUUGUCCAUGUGAACUUAUUAGUAACAUAGCUCCAACAUGUCGAUUAUUUGCUAAUUUAAUUCUCACAUGUUGUUAUUCUCAUCUUGAUUUAUCAACAUUAGCAUCUAUAUAUGAUGUUCCUCAAUUAUUUAACCAUUUAUCAUAUCUUCAAUCAAUAAGAUUUAUUGAUUGGAAAAAUGAUAUAAAAACAAUUAUAUUUGAUUAUCAACAAGAUAAUAAUUAUAAAAAUUUUGAUUUCAUUUUAUGUUUACUUGGAAAUGAAAAUUUAAAACUAAGAAGUUUAACAGCUUCAUAUCAAUUAGGAAUUACAAAUUUUGGUAUUUUACAACUUGUUAAGAAUCUUAAUAUAUUAGUUGAACUUAACUUAGUUAAUAUUAAUGCAAUAAAUGAUCAAUCGAUUAAAAUUUUGUGCGAUAAACAUUAUGUUUAUUUAGAAACUCUAAGAAUUGAUGGUGCACAAUUAACAGAUAGAGCUUUAGAUUUUAUAGCACAAUGUCAUCAAUUACGAAAACUUAUGAUUGAAUUUUGUACAAAUAUGACAGAUGCAAAUUUUUCUAUAUUCCAAAAUUUUCAUAAACUUGAACAAUUAUAUUUAUCAACAUUAAAUAAUAUAUCAUCGAAAUCAUUUCAAUUAUUAUUUAAUAAAAAUUGUACUUUUAAAUAUUUACAUAGUCUAACAUUAGGUGAAUGUCAUAUGAUUGAUGAUAAUUGUGUUCGGUUGAUUGUUCAAUGUUGUCCUCAUUUAAUUGAUUUAACCUGUUCAUCAGCAUAUGGUAUUACUGAUGAAGGUUUUAAUGAAAUUGUAACUCAUUGUAAUCAACUUCGAUAUUUUACUUUAACAGGUUGUCAUCAAAUUUAUGGUGAAAUAUUACUUGAUGUACCAGAAAAAUAUUUAAAAUCAAUAGAAUAUCUUAACUUAGAUAAAUGUAAUAAAAUAGAUGAUAUUAUUUUAAUUGAGUUAUUUCAACGAAAAAAAUUCAUAUCAAUUGUUAAUUCUUAUGGAUCAUUAAUUGAACUUUAG